CACGUAAAAUGGCGUCGUCCUUGCAUCGUUGCUGUAUAUUGAAAUUUCGAUUAGUGACUUUCAUUCCUAGUCCUCAUCCCGGUCAAAAUUAUUUAAUUAGACAUAAACAUGGGAUUAAAGAGAAACAAAAAAAAGUUCCUAAUAUUAAAUCCAUGUUCAAGAAAGACACUGCUAACGCUAUUUGUAGCUAAACGAGGUGAGGCUCAGCUUUUGGUCACUGUCAACAGCAGUCCAAAAAAGCAAGGGGAAGCAAGCACAAGGAGUGUCAUCAUACCAAACAAUGCUAGACAGCCGCAAAGACGAAGCUUCACGAUCAGUGAUCAUCCGCGCUCAUUCCCCGCAGACUGUGUCGUUCAACUCUUUGAGAGCACAUGGUCAUAUAAAUAGAGCAAUUUUCUACCAAGGAGUUAAAAACAAUUUGCUGGUGGAGUUUGAACACAAGGACAGUGUCAGGCACCUGCUGGAGCAGGUGUCAUAUUUUUCAGACCCUGGUCAGAUGCCAGUGCAAAGCCGACUGCUGUAUGCUGUGCAUAGUUCCAAUGUCUACCAGCAGCAUUCGCUGCCACCAGCGUUCAUACAUACUGUGGGUACAAAGAACUUCACACAGCAGCAGUAUCAGGCUGCAGACAGUAUCUCAGCCCAGAUGAAAGGCCUUCACAAAAUGAGGAGUUUGUCAGAUGAUGGUUCACGCUUACGCUAUUUCAUGUGUACUCUCAUAGAAGAUAUGUUACGUACCACUUUGCCUCACUGCAGAGUUGACCCUUUUGGGUCAUCAAGCAAUGGUUUUGGCUGGGAGGGCAGUGACCUUGACAUGAUGCUGACUUUAAUGCAUAAAAAACAGCAAAACCCUCAAGCCAACUUCUGGUUCCUGACAAAGCGUCAUGCAGAAGAUGAGCGCACCUUUGCCCAACAGUGCUUAGAUGUUGUUGGAGACAUGAUCCGAGUACUCAUGCCAUCCAGUCAUCGAGUCUCCAAAAUCCUAAACGCACGCGUGCCUAUUGUAAAAUUUCAUCAUGAUAUCACAGACAUCGAAUGUGAUCUAUCCUGUGUAAAUGUGUCUGGUGCAAAAAUGUCUGAGCUGAUGUUUUUGAUGGGAGAAAUGGAUUCGCGUGUCCGUCUGCUGAUGACAACAAUUAAGCAGUGGGCAAAAUCUUGUGAAGUAACUAGGAGCCAUCCAGGUCCCUGGCCAUCAAACUUCAUGUUGUUAUCUCUCCUGAUCUUCUUUCUACAGACACGGUCAGUGCCAGUCAUACCGUCCAUCCGACAUCUUCAGGCACUUGCUGAACCCGAGGAUCACUUCCAGGUUGAUGGCGUGGACUAUGCCUUUGUCACGGAUGUCCAGAAAUUGACCCCGUCAAAAAACAACCAGAAGCCAGAGGAGCUGCUGCUGGAGUUUUUUCACUACUAUGCCCACUUUGACUUUGAGAUGAAUGGCUUGUCACUUAUCGAGGCUGCCACAUUUCCCAAACCAGACUCUGCUGCUGUCUUCAUAGAGAACCCACUAGAGGUGGACCACAACAUUAGCAAAAAUGUUUCUUCAUCCUGUGCUGAUAAGCUUAAAGACAGCAUGCUGCAGGCUUUACGCUGCCUGGAAACUAAAAGUGUCCCAAACAGAGAUGAACCAUGGGGAUUGAUGUGUUUGUUUCAGCCACCUGUCAAUUCUGAGAAGAGUUGGUCCUAUAAUUUGAUGGGUUUAUUUGCAGAUAAGUAAUUCUGUGUCAGAAUGUGAUGAGGUACAUUCAGGCACUUAACUUAACCAGACAUCAGGAAAUGAUUGAGCUCUACAGACCCGUAAGACACUACUUCAUGUUUCUAGACCCCAGGACACCUUUGCCGCCGCUUUCUAACAGCUCCAGUAGUAAAACGUCUUUGGGGUCUAGAUAUUGCUUUAUAAUUUUGGAAACAAGACACUCAUCCUUAAAUUCCCCAGACUGCCCCAAGACAACAACUUACUCUCGCUUCGUACGUACUGCUUCUGGUGAGGUUGAGGUUUAAAAGGUUGCAUCCUGCGGGUACAAGCAUGCAACCAAAGAUUCACAGCAUAAAGAUUUAUUAAGCAGAGAGCAUGGACACAGAGUGUAUUGUGGCUUUUUGCUUUAGUGUGGCCAAGUUGCAGACUUCAAACUUAAAGGAAUCGUGAUUGUUAUAUUACACAGCAUUGAAUUUAAAUGUCAUUUUAUCAUCUGUAGAAAGAAGAUACUUUCAUAUUUUUGGUGACUGCAGUGUUUCAAACAAUGCACGAAUUUUGGUAGUUUGAAGGCGACGUAAACUUUUGUUAGAGGAGUACAUCAACUGUUUUGUGACUACAUAACCUUGGUCAUAACAAAAGUUGUCGGUAAAACCAUCAUACAAUUCUUAUCACUGUUUUUGUGGCAUGCUUGUGUACAGCAUUCUAUUUUUAUGUCUGUUGCUAUGUCACCAAAACAGAAAAUAUUAGUAUGUGAAGAUGUUUGGAAAGAAAAGUUUGGUGAGGUGCAGGUUAAGCUGUAUGCAUUACCUUCACUAUUUGUUGAAUAGGGUGAUAAUAAUGAGUGAACUGUGUAUAUGUGUUUGAGAGAGAGGCAUAAAGACUGCAAUAGUAAACAGAAGAUGGCACACACAAAACUUAUUUUCAACAUGCAAGCAAGGUGCAUCCCUAAGCUCUCUCUCUCCAGCAAAGAGUAACUGGAAACAGAAGUACAAACAAGCACACCUCUUUAAACAUGAGAACCUUUUACAGGUUUAAUUUUUCUUUUAAACACUUCUCAGGGGAAACAAUUAUUGUAGUCUUUCAUGGUGAAAUGAAAACAUGAUCCAAAUUUUAAAGUGCAUAUUUAACUUUCUCUUUGAAAAUGAUGUGUCCAAUUUUGGUUGUGAGGAUCUUCUAUAUGCUUGUCAGUCAUGAGUAAGUUGCAUUUCAAGCCCUUUGCAACACUGUGAAGACUGCAAGAAAGAUCUACUCAGCCUCCCUGCAUCCCUGUUGAAUUGACCUUCUUCAUAAUAAUCUUGUCAGUAAUAUACAGAAUGACAUUGUCACAUAUCUUUUCAAACAUUCCCUUUUCUCUUUGAUGUGGCAGUGAGAUUCUGAUUUCUCCCAUUAGCUAGAUCAACCUUCUCUGAGAAUUUUAAUUCAAAAUUUCUCUGUUGUUGCAUUUGUACAAGUGUUUCUGGGGGCUGUUCUUGCUGCUGAACUUUAGGGUUAUUCAAAAAUUUGUCAAUAUCCUCUUCACAGUUGCUGUUAUUUCUGCCUACAAAUGUUGGAUAUUUGAUUUUCAAGGCAGUCCUGAUUUUGCCUACUUGUGAGUAGAAAGGGGAAGCCAUAGUUUUUGUUCAAAUUUGCCUAUUGAGGCAAAAGUGCCAUUAUAGCCAUCUUCCCACCAGUGAGACAGACUAUAACCUGCUUUGCUUUCUUUUGCACAGCAUCCAUCUACAAAAUUGCUUCCAUAUAUCACAUCUAAACGAACACAAAACCGGUUUUCUUGGUCUGACAUGUCUCCUCUUCCACAAUACAAAUAUUCAAAGCAAACAAACGAAUUAUACCUUUAAAUUCUUAUAGUCAUCAUGACAUAAUGGAACAUACAUAAUCACAAACAUCAAUCCCAACACUGGGCACAAUCUUCAUAACAUGGUAACUUAGAUUACCUCACCUCCCUUGUGAUCGAUGCUCAUCUGCUCUUUUAAGACUAAUUUUGCGAGAAGUCCAUCGCUCAAGACUGCAUGCAAUAAAAAAAGUUUUAAACAUGUUUAUAUGCAACUCGAAGCCUUCUCUUCUAUAGGUCCCUCAUAGACCAGAAGCUCUGAUGAGGUUACAAGAAAUCUUUCAUCAAGUCUGCCCCAACCUAAGAAUUCGCCCACACUGGAAGUAUGUGGCUGCCUUGUGUCUCUCUUCAAUGACAAACCUGUUGUCGCAAGAUGGUGCUGUCUUUACGGUUGUAACCUGGCAGCUUUCACAGCCUGGCACCAGUUCACCUGGUCAGCCUUGAUUCUGUCUCAGAAAUGCUCCCAUGGUCUUCCUAUGUCUCACCAGAGGACCGCAUGUUGUCAUAUCGUGAUGGAUGCUCAUCUAGCAAUUUUGCUAUCAGACUGGCUGACAUUCUUGUGUAUAUAUAUGCUUACUGACACCUUAGUGAGCAAUGCGCCAGACACAUUUAAGGGGGGGAAUUUCAAACCAUCUCCACAAAUGAAAACCUACCUUCACACUGUACUAUGAGCAAAGGCUAUUUUAUGAGUGGGUUAACUAGAUGUCAUUUUCUAGAGGGCCAUCUAUACAUUUACCUGGCGAUACAUGCCGUGACACAGCACUAUGUACAUACUAAUGCUAACUACAAUGAAAUAACUCGUCAUUGAACAUUUCUUAAGCUGUCUUUCUGUACCAUCCCAAUUUGUUCCCUUCACGGUUAUACACAAACUUUCACUGUAUUGAACAUAAUUUGCUCAGUUAAAUGUUUGAAAAAGUA